CAAAAAGAAAGAAAAAAUACAGAGAACUAAAUUCAUAAUCCAACGGUCAAAAGAUGCAAAUCAUGUCCUAGUUAAACUAGCCGUUACAGAAACGAGCCUCUUUCUCAACUAUAACACUGAAUUUUCCUUUUUCUUCCUCAAAUUCUUUCUCACCGCACCACCAUUUUCACCGGCGACCAUGUCUUCCAUCAUCGCCGGAACAACCACUCCACGUUCAUGUAGAUCCAAACCUCAACAAACACCCAAACACACUGAAAAUCUAAACCCUAAUGUUUCACCUUCUCCCAAAAAGUCUCAGAAACCUAGAAACCCUAAUUCCCCUCAAACCAAAAUCCGGCAGAGGAAAUUCGUAGUGGCGAAGAAGAAACGCAAGGACGACGGUGGUUCGGGUUCGAGUUCGACGGUGCCGCAUUGUAACUGUAAAGAGAAGAAGUGUGUAUGUGUUGCUUACCGGAAUCUGAGAAAGUCUCAGGAGGAUUUUUUCAAGAAUCUGAAUCAGGAUGAAGAGAAUGAAGAAGAGGAGAAAGUAGAUGAUGAAAUUGAGAGCGAUUUUGUUGAGAAACAAGGAGGAGAAGGUGAUGUGGGUUUGAAUUUGAACUUGAUUGUGAAGAGAAGUAGGGAGAGAUUGAGGGAAGAGGUGAGGGAGAGUGUUGCUCAAAUCGGAUCGGGGAAGGUUAUGAGUUUAGUUCACGCUUUUGAGAAGCUUCUGUUUGAACCUAGUUCUGAUUCCAAAGAUGAGGAUCAAAAACAGGUGAAUGAAGAUGGAGAGAAUGCUAGGGUUUCUGGUUCUUCAUUUUGUGCUGCAGAUUUGAUUUUGACAUCUCGAAAUCUUGGACUGGAUCCAGAUGCUUCUGUUUGUUCUUCUUUGGAUGGCUCCCGUGGAAGUUUGACUUCUAAAGGGGGAAGAGGUAGCAGAAGAAAUAGCUUAGAAUCAUCAACCACCACUCUUGGGGGAAGGAGAAGGUUGAGAAAGAAGCUUCCAAAAGUCACCCGUCCAGAACCAUUUAAGCUUAGAACUGAUCAAAGGGGGAAGAUUAAAGAAGAGGAAUUUGUACAAAAAGUACAACAGAUGAAGACAGAAGAAGAAAAGCAAAGGAUUCCUGUUGCACAAGGUCUUCCUUGGACAACCGAUGAACCCGAGUGUUUGGCAAAACCUCCCGUCAAAGAAAUUACGAUACCAGUUGACCUGAAGCUUCAUACUGAUAUGCGGGCAUUGGGUCGCGCCGAGUUUGAUGAACAAGUGGCAGAAAAAUUGCUCUUCAUAGAACAAUAUAAAUUGGAAAGGGAGAGACAGCAGAAGUUGGAAGAAGAAGAAGAAAUCAAAAGGUUGCGGAAAGAACUUGUUCCAAAAGCCCAACCUAUGCCAUAUUUCGACAGACCCUUUAUCCCAAGGAGGUCAGCGAAGUGUCCUACUCAACCUAAAACACCCAAGUUUCAUAAGAAGGUGAAGUGCAGCACCUCAUCAUCAUCAUGGAGUGACAUAAACUCCUCCUCUGGCCUCAACUAAGCUUCUUCUUUUGAGUAGGGAAGAAUGUUCCUUUCGUUACCUUCUUCGAAUAAGAGUCUAUCUACUUAGCAACCAAUUUAGUUGCAGAGGCUUUGGCUUUUGUACAGUACUUAAAAAGCUUGAGCAAAAAUGAUACCAUGUUCUCUGCCAAUCAUCUGAUUUAUUUGAUCAAAUUAAUUGAAGAACCAAAUUUUGUCUAUAUGUAUGUAUCCAUUUAAAAGAACAUAUUUCUUCUAA